ACAAGCAUGACUUCCGUUACAAGUUUAGAAGACGAAGCGAGAAAAAGAAAAGAACGAUUAAGAGCAUUGAGGGAGAAACAUACCGGCAGACAAGAUGGUAGCCAUUCUGCAAUGGACUGUGACAGUGAAACUAAACAAAAACUGCCUAGACCAGUUUUCCGAAGUUACAAACCCCAGGAUGAAAAGUUGAAGGAAGACUCCAUGCAAGUGGAUAUGAAACGCCCUGAUGUUUCAGACAAAGUUAAAGAUCAACUGGAAGCUGGGAAGUCAAAACACAUGAUCGAGGAAGUGGAUCUGUUGAACCUUGCACCGCGAAAACCAGACUGGGAUCUGAAGAGAGAUAUUGCUCCGAAACUGGAGAAACUGGACAGACACACUCAGAGAGCCAUAGCUGAGCUCAUUAGAGAACGUUUGAAAGCCAGCCAGGAAGAUCUUGCGUGUGUUGUUAAUGCUAGUGACUUGAUGGCCAGAGUUGAUGCGGAAGAUGCCGAUUAAUCAGUGUAUACUAGAGAUGAAAGUCUGCAGGAUGUUUCCACAAUUCCAGAUUUUCUGUGAUGCCCUGAAACUGUUCCUGGUGGAAUUUAGCUCAGUCGGUUGAGUGCUCGCUUGAGGUGCUUGUGUCACAAGAUCGAACCACCUUCGUGGAUCCAUUCAACAGAUUUUUAUUUUAUUUUUUUUCCCAGCCAGUGCACCACAACUGG